CACCCCUGACAUUACAUAAUGUUUGUUUUCAGUGCAAAAAUUUUGGUUUAAACCACGUUUUGAAAUUAACAGUAAAACAUUAAAAAUGCCAAAAAUAGGAGAAAACAUAAUGCCCCCUUUUGCAUACCAAAACAAGUCCAGAACAUUAGUCGAAAAAGUCAUUUUGCCGUUUUGGUCGAACAUAAUCCUCGCCACGAUCGCAGGAUUUUGUCUAAAAGAUUAUUACUACGAAGUUACCUUUAGAGACAUUCAACAUUACGCUUUCGUCUCAUAUUUGUUGGUAAUUGCUAACUCUUUGAGUGCUUUGCUUCACUUCACUAACGAUAGCUCAUACUGCGACCUAAGAAUCCUAUUAGACUAUGCCCAGCAAGUAAUGUGUUUUCCCAUGGUACUAACCGACUUUCUGCUCAAAUACAACAUAGCCCCAGCAUCUAUAGCCGUAAUCCCAUCAAUAUUGUCUCUUCUAACCGUGUUUUUGUUCGUACUUUUGGAAUACAAACGCCAAGAUUUGACGGACUUAAAUAUCUUAAUAUGUCUAAUAACUUACACCAUUACAGGCAUGGAAUAUAAUGCAUACGCUUGCAUUGCUGCUCUGUUUAUCGGAACAGCUUACUUUAGGUUCAAAAGGAACGAGGGAGUCUGCAUAAGGAAAGCCAGCCAAUAUAACUUGUUAAUGGCUGGUUUCGUGUUCUUCUCUCUACUCUCCCUAGACAACGGUGUCAGUCAUAAUAAGAUGUACAAACAACAAAUUAGAGGUUGGUGAAAAAUAAAACGUUUUUGUCUAUAAGUUUAA